ACGUCGUUGACGCGCUCGGCCUCUGCUCCGACGGCGACUGCGACCUCGAGCCUGCGCACGCAGGCCUGUCCGUGCUCCGACUACGACGACGGUUCUCUGCUGUAACACGACAGUCUGCGACGCCCGUAUUCAGCCUUUCUCCUCUUGCACGACGCUCACGACCACCUAAUCUGCGCCUGUGGCCUUGUUCCUGAUAUACUCACCAUGUUCAACGCACCUCGCCCAGUUCAAGCUUACGGCUCCUCCUCCCAGUUCGGCGCCAGCUUCGUCACCGAGAAUCCUCUCAUCAGCUCAGUAUACGACGAUGGACUCGACCCAUGGAGUACCUCACCCAGUCCCGCACCCCCAGCAUUGCCUUCAUUUGGCUCUACCUCCUCUGGCUUCAGCUCGGUGAUCGGAGACGCAACUCUGCCUCUCAUCUACAAUCGCGCCUUCUCUGCCGUUGACCCCUCCAACACCGGCGAAACCUCCGUCAACGCCUUGUCCAGAGUCCUCGGUACCUCAUCGCUUCCCGCGUCUACUGUCGACAAGAUCGUCAGCCUGGUCAGCUCGCGACCACGCGUAUCGCGCUUGGAGUUCUUUGUAGCUCUAGCACUGGCAGCACUAGCCCAAUCCGGCAAAGACGUGAGUGUCGAGCGCGUAGCUGCCCUCGCACAAGAGAAUGCUCUUCCCGAGCCCGCUCUCGACCUCAACUCACUGCCUCCCACCAACUCCACAUUCCAAGACAUCAUGCAAAUGCCUCCGCCUAUUCCCGCACGUGGCUACUCGACCGAAGACCCUUGGGCAUCCAGAUUCACUUCCCCAAGCGCACCUCCCAAGCCGCCACCUGCCUUUAGCAAUCACACCAAUGGGGCGCCCUCCAGUAUCUCCGGGACGGGCUUGCCGCGGGAGUGGUGGAAGAAACAGGAAACGGUGUUCGUUAACGUCCUAGGACAACAAGGGUUCAUACUAAACAGGUACCUUGUAUACGAGGUAUCCAGUGACCGCGGAGCACCUGUCCCUCGUCGGUACUCUGAGUUCGUCUUUCUGUGGGACGUACUGGUCAAGCGAUACCCCUUCCGGCUGCUCCCCGCGCUACCUCCCAAGCGGAUAGGCCCCGAUGAAGGGUUCCUCGAACAGCGCAGGCGAGGACUCGCCAGGUUCAUCAAUUUCGUGGUGAAUCACCCGGUCAUCAAAGACGAUGCUGUCCUCCAAUCUUUCUUAACCGAGCCGUCUCUCGAGGAGUGGCGAAAGCACACUGCGAUAUCCUACGAAGAAGAGUCUGCAAGCAAGCGCGUCGAUCGCCUUGAGGAAAUGGCCAUCCCCAGCGACCUAGAAGACAAGCUCACUGUCGUGCGAGGCAAGAUCGGCUUCCUCAUCGAGCACUGGCAGCGGAUCUGCCUGCUCACGGAGCGCAUCGUCCGGCGCCGGGAGGCAGCAGCGGUACGCCUGACUCCUGUAAUGCGGCCAAGCUUCUUGCCGACUCACCUCCCAUUCCCCCUACCCUCAUUCGGCGGGCUCUCCUCUUCUCCCUCAUCUGCCUCCUCCGCCUUGGCCUCAUCCUCCUCUGGCCACGGAUACGGCUCUGGUUCUGGCUCUGACCGCGACGCUGAUUCCUCGUCGUCCAUCUUCUCUGGGCUCACUUCUGGCGCGCGGGGGACGACUCUUCUGGACGGACAGGCAGACCUGGCGCGCCUGACGAACACGAUGAAGAGUCUGGUGGAGAGCAACGAGCGCUGUUGGCGCGGGGAGGACUGUGAGCUUUGUGCGGGCGUGAGACAGGGGCUGGUGCACGUCUCGACGCACACGCAGAGGCACGCGGACGCGCUCGAGCACCGCUCACGGACGAUGCUUUACUCCACGCUAGAAGCCCUCAAGGCACAACGCGAUCUCUACGUCGCCAUGCGCGACCUCUUCAUCCGGCACGACCGCCUCUCCCUGGACCAAGUCGACCGCCUCCGCAAACGCGUCGACACCAAUUCGCACAAGCUUGAGGGCAUCCGCCAGGCGCAGAAAGAGGGCUGGCAGCAGGAGGCCGACAAGAUUGCCGGGCUGAUCGAGAAGGACCAGGCGGCCAUAGCUGCUGCGCUCGCCCGCCGCGUCUUCAUCCGCGCUUGCAUGUGGCACGAGCUGCGCGUCGUGCUGCAUAACCGGGAGAAUACGCUGCUGACGCAGGCCGUGCGGUCGUUCGCGCGCGAGGAGCACGACUUCUCGGAGGGGGCAGUGUCGACCUGGGCGUCGUUACUCGCGGCGGUCGAGACUAUGCCGCUGGAGUGAGCAAGCCGGACGUAGGUGCGGGAAACAACGUGUUAUGUGUUGGGGACAAGGCCACGGAGUGCUGGAGUUCCACGUUUACUGCGAGUAUGUGGACUGUGCCAUGGAUUUCUUUCAUCGUAAUCGGAUACCCUCUUUAUACUACCUGCAUGUUAUGCACUACGUCAAUGCUUCAUGUCUUGC